AUGGUAGAAGCAGUUCACAAUGAGCCAGGUCCAAAGAGGGAGUUUAAGGAGUGGACCCAUACAUCCCUUACCUCUGAUUUGGAAGACAUCCUUGGUGGAUCUCAGAUAUCAAGCAGUUUGUGUCAAAUCUUAGUGAUGCUGCUAAGUUUGUGUGAGGGGCUCUGGGCUGCCCCUGGCCCCCGACCGAGGCCAGACACCCGAUCUGAAUUCGAUUCAGUUGUCAACCUGGCAAGAAACCUGCUGAGUGACACCAAGAACCUCUUACACCACUUUAAAAACCGCUACCCAGCAGAAGGCGAACACAAGUUGGAAACUCUGCCGGUUUUGUCCAUGAAUGCUGUGGAACUCACAAAUAUCCAGGUUUCAGGAGGUCUGGCCCGCCUCAGCUCAGAUUUGCAAUGCUACCACCGCCAUUUUGAAUGGCUGCGGAAAGCAGCGUCGCUGUUGCGUCCCAUGGAACAUGACAUCAGCACCGUGCACAACCGACUCGAACGCCUUCUCAAACGACUGGAGCACCUGAUGACACGGCUCAACCUCUCAAAGACCAACGACCCUUUGCCAACCCUCCCGUCCCAUGGCACUCACUGGUCUGUGGUUCAAGCAGGACAUGCCAUCAUCCACUCCUUUCACCUUUACCUAGACUGGGCAGCCCGUGUGCUGGUUUUGAUCCGGAACAAGCUGUGAACGGCAGGAAAAUCGAACCGCUGCGGAUGUUUCGGAAAGCCUCCCUAUGGACUUGGACCUCUUGGAUGCUGCUUCAGCAAUACUCGCGGAGGAGGUGGCAAGGAAACCUAUGAGACGGGACACCACUGGAUUCCUCCUCUAGGGGGUGCUGCUGGGUGGGAGGGGCUAAAAUGUUUGGCCUACUCACAGCCUGCUUACACUGGGGGGACAUUGUGGAAUGAGAAGCAACUUCUUUUACUCCUGGAACAACCACCCUCUCAUCUC